AUGCCUCCUAAAAGGAAGGGUUCGAGAGACGAGCAAGCUGGAGAUAACGCCAACCAAGAUAGCAACGAGCUUGAUGAUAAGGUGCAACAGAAACUCGACUUUAUUAUCAACGAGCUAAAGAUAAUAAAAACCGACGUUGAAGAGAUUAGAGAUGAGCAGAAGGAUAUGAUCAAGUCAAUUGAAAGUUGUUUUGAACUCAUUGCAAGCAAUAAAAAGUCUAUUGAAGAACAAGGGGCUAAAAUUGACUCUUGUGUUCAUGAUAUCGAGUCAGCUACUAAUGAAAUUGAUUUAUUAAAAAAUAACUUGGCCAGGGCCAAUGGAGAAAUUGCUGCGUUGCAACAGUAUUCUCAAAAGAACUGUAUUAAUAUAGUUGGAGUGCCGGUUCAAGACAACGAGAAUAUUUUUAAUAUCCUCAGAAACAUAUCUUUGUUCAUAAACUUUGAAUUCAGUCAGGGCAUUAUUGCUAACUGUCAUAGACUGUCAGGUAAAAACCGUAAGAUGGCACCUCCCAUAAUAGUUAAAUUUGUUAGGAACAUCGACAAACAGAAUUUCCUGCAAUGCAAGGAUGGAAAGGGAAGAGUCUUAGCCAGUGAUAUUGGAUGGGCGAAUGAUACUCGUACGAUCUACAUCAACGAAACUAUGUCCCCGUUCUACAGGAGUAUUUUCAGCAGAGGAAAGGAACUGCAAAAGCAAGGUCAUUCGAAAUUCAUGUAG